UACUCUUGUAUGGAUGAAGAUCUGGCUGUACCUACUAUGUGCAACACCAAAAUCUCUAUCAGUUGCAAGAUCACCGCAGAAAACUACAGUGGCAACUAAAAUCGUUACGAAAGCUACUAUGUCAUCACUUAAGUCUUCCGCUACCAUUGUGCCGCUGUACACUACUAGCAAUCUCUUGACUGUGUCUGCAUCUAUGUCUGAGACUUCUCUGAGAGCGCAAAAAGAACUUACCGACAAUGCAUCUCUUACGCUG